GGGACUGCCAUGUCCCGCAUCUAGCCCGUGCUAUGCUCCCCGAAGGAUUGCCACGCCACUCUGCCCCCGCCGGCAACGGCUUCCGUGAGUCGUUGUCUUCAUAUCCCGCAUUUCGUCCCCGGCAAUCUUUGCCGGAUCGAAGUGAGUAUGUGAAACUACGCUCAGGUGUGUCAUCUGUUCUGGUGGCCCCCAGGCUCAGCAGCGAGGCUGGGGUUGUUGAAGCGAAUGUCCAGGAAUGGCCUGCCACUGCAGCUUUGAUCAUUGCUGAAGUGAUCGGAAGUGGGGUGCUGGCGCUUGGAGGUCAAAUGGCAGUGGUGGGCCUCGCAGUUGGCUCUUUGGUCCUUGCUUUGUGCUAUCCGGCAAAUGUCUUCACAUCUCUGCUACUGGGAAAGGUGCGCCAAGAAGUGACUUCAACUGUAACGUUUGGAGACGGCUUGACAGUUUUGUUGGGUACAACGGCUGGCCGAUAUGGCUAUGCUGUAGCAUAUUCCUACCUGUUUAUGUGUAUGGCAAAUUACUUGAUCUUGAUUGGAGACUCGGUCCAAGCCUCCAUCUAUUGGGAAGUCAUUUGCUCACCCUCGGCCUGCUUCAUUGGGACAAUACUCUUGCUGCCGAUCAACCAGUUUCGGACGCUCUCUGGCUUAACACUCCUGAGUGUGAUCUCGUUCGCCACAGUCGUCGCCACAUUGAUUCUCUGUUUGUGGACCCUACUGACCAAUCCAUCAUGUGAAUCACCGGGACGCACGGGGCAUGGAUUCUUGGACUACAGCUCUUGCAUCUCUGGCUUUGUCUUUGCCUUCACCGGGCAGAACAUCAUGCUGGAGAUGCAAGCUGAAAUGAAGACCCCGUCGGACUUCCCAAAAGCAGUUUGGCUGUCCUUUUCAACUCUCUUCACAGUUUACGCGACGGUUGCAGUACUUUCCUACCUCGCCUGCGGGGAAAACACUCCCGGUGAUCUGCUACUGGUUUUGCCACACGAUUGGAGGAAGUCUGCUGCAGGUGUGCUGAUGGUUAUUCAUCUUAUGGUUACCUACACCAUCUCACAACAGGUUCUGAGCCGAGCGAUUUGCGCGUACCUGUUGCCUGAAGCCCUACAAGACGGGAUUGUAGCACGCUUCAAGUGGUUUUUCGUGACCAGUGCUAUGAUGGCAGCCUGCUUCUUAGUAGCGAAUUUGAUACCAUUGUUCCAGGAUAUCGUCAACCUCACCGGCGCCCUCCUCUCUUCGCAGGUUGUAUUCAUCUUGCCAAGCGUGCUUUUUCUGGCCGUGUGCCCGUAUGAAGUGGCCAAGCUGGAAGGGACCCUCGCCACAUGGAUUGGUUGCUGGUGUGCGAUCUUCGUAGGCAUCUACUUGGCCUUGGUUGGCACUGUCAGCAGCGUGCUGGUGAUUGCUUCCAAACUCUCUUCAGGGAGCGGCCCUUUCUCCUGCUAGCGUCCUAUGAGAGAGAACAGUCCGAUAUGAUAGCUUUAUAC